GAGCGCACAAGUUCAGCGGGCUAGUCAGCGGCUCCCGGCCAGUCAGCGGUUUCGGGCCAGCUACGGCGGCCGAUAGGGGGCGGUGGCGGCCGUUGCCCGGAGUCCGGAGGCUGGGCUGCGGGGUUGCGGGCCUCACGCGCGGCGAGCCCGGCUGGGCACCACUUGGGCGGCGUAGCUAAGGCCAUGGGCGACCGCGGCGGUGCGGGCGGCUCCCGGCGCAGGAGGACUGGGUCGCGGCCCUCGGGCCAGGGCGGCGGCAGGCCCGCGGCGGAGGAGGACGUGCUGGACGCCGUCGCAGGCUCCGACGUAGGAGCCAGCGGGGACGUGCCGGCCCCGGCCCCCGACAGAGACGGAGACGCCGGAGUGGGCCGUGGCCUCCCGCAGCUGAGGUGCCAUCGCCUGCAAGAUUCUUUGUUCAGCUCUAACAGUGGCUUCAGCAACUACCGUGGCAUCCUGAAUUGGUGUGUGGUGAUGCUGAUCCUGAGCAAUGCUCGAUUAUUUUUGGAGAACCUUAUCAAGUAUGGUAUCCUGGUGGACCCUAUCCAGGUGGUGUCUAUGUUCCUGAAGGAUCCAUACAGCUGGCCUGCCCCAUGUUUGGUUAUUGUGGCCAAUGUCUUUAUUGUGGCUGCAUUCCAGGUUGAGAAGUGCUUGGCAGUGGGCACCCUGACAGAGCAAGUGGGGCUGCUGCUGCAUGUGGCCAACCUUGUUACCAUUCUAAGCUUCCCAGCAGCUGUGGCCUUGCUGGACAAGUCCAUCACUCCAGUGGGUUCCCUGGUGGCCCUGUUAGUGUACUGCAUCCUCUUCCUCAAGCUCUUCUCCUACCGGGACGUCAACCUUUGGUGCCGACAGGACACGGCUAAGGCCAAGACUGCCUCUGCAGGAAAGAAAGACAGUGGGGACAGUUCCCAAGGCACUGUGAGCUACCCAGACAACCUGACCUACUGUGAUCUCUACUACUUCAUUUUUGCCCCUACUUUGUGUUAUGAACUCAACUUUCCCCGUUCACCCCGAAUCCGAAAACGCUUUCUGCUGCGGCGGCUCUUUGAGUUGCUCUUCUUGACCCAGCUCCAGGUGGCCCUGAUCCAGCAGUGGAUGGUCCCCACCAUCGAGAACUCCAUGAAGCCCUUCAGGGAUAUGGACUACUCACGCAUUAUCGAGCGUCUCCUAAAGUUGGCGGUCCCCAACCAUCUCAUCUGGCUGAUCUUCUUCUACUGGUUUUUUCACUCCGGCUUGAAUGUUGUGGCAGAGCUGAUGCGGUUUGGAGAUCGGGAGUUCUACCGAGACUGGUGGAACUCUGAGUCUGUCACCCACUUCUGGAAGAACUGGAAUAUCCCAGUGCACAAGUGGUGCCUCAGGCACUUCUAUAAGCCUCUGGUUCGACGAGGCAUCAAUAGAUGGCUGGCCACGACAGGAGUGUUCCUAAUCUCAGCCUUUUUCCAUGAGUACAUGGUGAGCAUCCCUCUGCGAAUGUUCCGCCUCUGGGCCUUCACAGCCAUGAUGGUUCAGGUUCCACUGGCUUGGACUGUGGGCCGCUUCUUGCACGGCAACUAUGGCAAUGCAGCUGGGUGGGUGACACUCAUCAUUGGGCAGCCAAUGGCUGUGCUCAUGUAUGUCCAUGACUACUAUGUGCUCAACUAUGAGCCCUCAACAACAGAGGCCUGAGUUGCUCCUGAGAGUCCGGCUUCUCUUCACUGUCCACAGCCAGCGCCAGUUGUAUUCUGCCUGGGCUUGGAGUCCUUUAGGUGGCCUGACUGCUUACGCCCUUCUCUUGCCCUGGAAGGCCUCUUUGUCCCUAUGGGGCUCUCUCCUGUUCUCAUGACAAAUGUCGACAGCGGUAUCCAGCUGGCGGAGAAUGUCACGAGUAUGCUGACCAGGGAUCAAGGGUGUCAAUAAAGUACUGUCUAGAGUGA